GAUUUAGAAGAAGAAAAGAACAGAGUCUUCUUUCAACUUUUAGGUAGUAGGACUUAAUUGUCGAGAUAAAGAGAGAGAUAUUUGCACAGAACCAUUAAGAGGUGGUAACGAAUUACCCACAAUCUAGGAAACCCUGUUUAAAAUUCAAUUCAUCCAUCUUUUUUUUUUCUUUCUCUUUUGCUGUGUGGUUGAUUUUCCCGGGAAAAUUGGUGAAUCAUCUGUUUCCUGCGGUAGCUAAAACUUUACUUUUUUUUCUUUCUUGGUGAGGAGUCAUGGGUUUCUUGUCUACAUAGCUUCUAAUAAAGUUGUUCUCUAUUCAAAAUCUCCUGUAAUAAUCUGUCGACUUUUCACUUUUGUUCCAUUACAUAAAAAAAAAAAAGCUCAAAGCAGCUUUUAGGAUUCCAUCAAUGGAGGAAGUAUCUCCUGCGGUUGCUAUGCCCUUCAUGCCAUUCCCCGAAACUCAGAUGGAGCUCGCAGGGAUCAUGUUGGGUAAAGGCUACCGCAACGGCCAAUACUCAACUCAAGGUUCCGACAGCAACGAAAAUUCCUUGUCGGAGACUUCGUGUUCUGUUUCUGGCUCAGACAUAGUCGUUGGAGAAGAGAUCAACGGCUCGGACGAGGGAUCGAGCGAGAAGAAGAAGAUGAUAAGCAGAACAGAGAGCAGGAGUCUGUUCGAGUUCAAGAGUGUGCCUUUGUACGGUGUGACUUCGAUCUGCGGAAGAAGACCGGAGAUGGAAGAUGCUGUCUCCACGAUACCAAGAUUCCUCCAAUCUCCGACCAAUUCGAUGAUAGACGGUCGUUUUAAUCCUCAAUCAACUGCUCACUUUUUCGGUGUCUACGACGGUCACGGCGGUUCUCAGGUUGCGGACUAUUGUAGAGAGAGGAUGCAUUUGGCUUUAGCGGAGGAGAUUGCCAAGGAGAAUCCGAUGCUAUGCGAUGGUGACACGUGGCAGGAGAAGUGGAAGAGCGCUUUGUUCAACUCGUUUAUUCGCGUUGACUCGGAGAUAGAGUCAGUGGCCCCGGAGACUGUUGGGUCAACGUCGGUGGUCGCUGUUGUCUUCCCGACUCAUAUCUUCGUGGCGAGUUGUGGUGAUUCUAGAGCCGUUCUCUGCCGUGGCAAAACUGCUCUUCCUUUGUCCACUGACCACAAACCGGAUAGAGAAGAUGAAGCGGCCAGGAUUGAAGCAGCCGGAGGGAAAGUGAUCAGGUGGAACGGAGCUCGUGUCUUUGGUGUACUCGCCAUGUCAAGAUCCAUUGGCGAUAGAUACUUGAAACCGUCGAUCAUUCCUGAUCCGGAAGUAACAGCUGUGAGGAGAGUUAAAGAAGAUGACUGUCUGAUACUAGCGAGUGACGGUGUUUGGGAUGUAAUGACGGAUGAGGAAGCGUGUGAGAUGGCGCGGAAGCGGAUUCUCUUGUGGCACAAGAAGAACGCGGUGGCUGGAGAUGCGUCGUUGCUCACGGAUGAGAGGAGAGGAGAAGGGAAAGACCCCGCGGCUAUGUCGGCAGCUGAGUACUUGUCAAAACUGGCGUUACAGAGAGGAAGCAAAGACAAUAUCACUGUGGUGGUUGUUGAUUUGAAGCCUCAGAGGAAAUUCAAGAGCAAACCCUUGAAUUGA